UGCUAAUGUCGUUAUGGUUUGUGAUUUUUCGUUGCCGACUAAUAGACACUAAAACACAUAUAUAACAGAGUUUAAAGUGAAUGUUGUUAUUUAUUAAUGGUCAAACUUCAUUAAGACUACAUUAAUAUUUAAGUUUUUUCAAAUUAACAAUGGCAAUUCAGCUAAUCAGAAUGCUAUUACCUCUAACGAGGACACAAAGAUAUUUGUCGAAAGGGCCUACGCAACUUCGAUAUGCACAAACUUCGUCUAAUAGUAACCAAAAAGAAGGAGCACACACCCACAACACCAGUACGCAAAAAGAAAUAGAUCAUCAUGCUAGCUUUUCCGAAAAUUGGUGGAACUUAAAUGGACCAAUGGAGAGUCUACACAAACUUAAUGAGCUGAGAGUACCUUUCAUACGCGACGGUUUAGUGGCACGUGGGGCCGUAGAUUCAAGCUUAGUAAAAACUACAAAAGUUUUGCAAGGCAAAAAUAUUUUGGAAGUUGGGUGCGGAGGUGGCAUUUUGACUGAAGCCAUAGCCCGACUAAGUGCUAAUGUUACCGGCGUUGAUUUGGGGGAAGAUGUUAUAGGAGCAGCUAGGAAACAUUUAGAAGAACACAGUUCCGAACUGAAGAAGCGCAUAAAUUACAAAAUCGAACCUAUUGAAGUGCACGCAAAAACAUAUUCAAACUACUAUGAUGCUGUUAUAUGUUCAGAAGUAUUGGAACACUUGGAUAACAAAGCAGAAUUUCUAACACAUUGCGUUCAUACAUUAAAGCCUGGUGGUUCAAUAUUCAUAACAACAAUGAACAAAACUAUACCACUGUGGAUUGGAGGUAUUAUUCUCGCGGAAUAUGUAUUUCGUAUAGCACCAAAAAAUACUCAUCACUGGGAUAAAUUGGUGUCGCCUCUGGAUGUACAACGAAUUCUCUCAGCAUUAAAUUGUCAGACAGUGCUGACGAAUGGGUUUACCUACGACGUAUUCCGCAAACGCUGGCAAUGGAUGAAUAGUACAGUGAUGUGUUAUGCGAUUCAAGCAAUUAAAGUCGAAUAAAUUAUAAGUAUUCCGUAUAAAUGUAUAUAAAAAAAUUGUUAUCUUUUAAUGUAAUGAAAUACAAUUUAAAAUUUGGUAAAAUUUCAUGUUAGUAUGCUGACAUACCACCAUUAAAGCUAUGCAAAAAAUACAAAAUAUGUACAUUAUCCAUACAAAUCGUUUGCUAUAUUUUGAUUAUUUUUGUUGUUUUCACAAAUAAAAAUGACAAUAUAAUAUA